UUGUUGUUCUGCAGAGAAAGUGACACAGUUGGUGAAAUGGAGCCGACAGGAGUUCAAGUAGCCCAAGGGAAGCUAGUUUGUGCCAUCUGUUUGAAUCUACUGAAGGAUCCAGUGACUAUUCCCUGUGAACACAGCUACUGUAGGACCUGCAUUCAAGACUUAUGGAAUCGAGAUCAGAGGGGGAUCUACAGCUGUCCUCGGUGCAAGAAAGAGUUCAUAUCGACGCCUGUGGUGGAGAAAAGCGGCACAUUAACCCCUUUAGGGGAAGAUCUAAUCAAUACUGAACUCCAAGCUUCUCCAACUAAUAACAGCUUUGCUGGACCUAAAGAAGAAUCACCUGCUUUUGAGAAGCACAAGGUGGUGGACCCCUCCAGGAAUCUCCAAGAGAACAACUGCUCUUGUCAACAUGAGAUGAAAAAGAUCUUCUGUCGUACUGAUCAGCAGUGUAUCUGUUAUCUCUGCCUUAGUGGUCAGCAUAAAGACCAUGAAACAGUCCCAAUCACGACAGAAAGGACCGAAAAGCAAAGGAAACUCAGGGAGAGUCAACAACAACUCAAACAGAGAAUCAAGGAACAAGACAAAGAAGUGAAGCUGCUUCAACAGGAGGUGGAGACCAUCAAUGUCUCUGCUGAUAGAGCAGUGGAGGACAAUGAGAAGAUAAUUUCUGGGAUAAUCCAUCUCCUCCGAAGAAGAAGAUAUGAUGUGACUCAGCAGAUCAGAUCCCAACAGGAAACUGAAGUGAGUCGAAUCAAAGAGCUUCAGAAGAAGCUGGAGCAGGAGAUCACUGAGCUGAAGAGGAAAUAUGCUAAGCUGCAGCAAUAUUCAAACACAGAGGAUCACGCCCAAUUUCUCCAGAACUACCCCUCACUGUCAGCACUCAGUGUCUCUACAUACCCAACCAUCAAUAUUCGUCCUCAGAUAAACUUUGAGGAUGUGACAGCAGCUGUGUUAGAGCUCAAAGACAUACUAGAGGACAUCCUGAGAGACACAUGGACAAACAUCUCCCUCAAACUCACUGAUGAGGAUGUUUUAAUGUCAAAACCAGAACCGAGGACAAGACCUGGAUUCCUAAAAUAUUCACAAGAAAUCACACUGGACCCAAACACAGUUAACAGAUAUAUGUUAUUGUCUGAGGAAAACACAAAGGUAACAACAACUAAAGAACAACAGUCAUAUCCUAAUCAUCCAGACAGAUUCAUUAAUUACAAUCAGGUCCUCAAUAGAGAGAGUCUGACUGGACGUUGUUACUGGGAGGUGAAGUGGAGGGGAGGGGUUGUUGUAGCUGUUUCAUACAAGAAUAUCAGGAGAGAUGGAAAGUCAGAGAAAAGCUUAUUUUUAUACAAUGAUAAAUCCUGGUCAUUAUAUUGUUACAAAAACUGUUGUGCAUUUUAUCAAAACAAACUCCCUACUACAGUCCCAGGUCCAAUUUCGUCCACUCUAGGAGUGUACCUGGAUCACAGAGCAGGUAUUCUGUCUUUCUACAGCGUCUCUAAAACCAUGACUCUCCUCCGCAGAGUCCAGACCACAUUCACUCAGCCUCUACAUGCUGGGAUUUGGCUUUUUGAAGGUUCGUCUGCUGAGUUUGUUAAACUGAAAAAGCCUAUCUGAUGCCCAACUAUCAUCAUGGCUUAUAGAUAAACAAAAAGGAACUAUAAUGAUACUCUUGACCAUAGAUAACAAUACAUCAAUAUAAAUGUUGCUUUCAAAGUAAACCACAAAUUGUCUCUUGUCUCUUAUAAUGACAGUUAAUUAGUAAAGAAUGCUAAACAAUGGAGGAGCUUCACAGCCUGAAAUCUGCAGACGCAUACAACCAUUAAUUAAACACCUGCAAAGUACAUCUAAACUCUUCGUGUUAUCAACAAGGUUCAGAUUGCUCACAGACUAAGUCAUUAACAUAGCAUACAUAUACUGUAAGUCUCCAUGUCCCUGUUACACAUAUAUGUAGUCAAAAGCUGACACUUAACAAAAGGAAUGGUAUAUUUGCAAACCCUUAUUUUGUAUUACUGACAUGAAAGUGAUCCGUGAUUUUUCCUGAUUUAAUGGCUAAAUCUUGCUAUUAACGGCACAGUUGCCAAUGUUCAAUACUCUAUUCCUACAUUUGUGGUCCUUAAUGUUUUCUGAUUUUUGCCUGACUGAAAAAUCCUUUUCACUCUGCAUGAAAUAAAAAAACUAAUCUUUGUAAAUGGUGAAUUUUUUUUUAAUAAUCCUCAGUAGAAGAACUUAGCUAUUUCUAAAGCGAUUCUGCAUAUCAACAUGGUGCUUAAUAAGAAAUGUAAUAUGUGAAGUCAUAUGCGAACUAUGUAUAGUUUUAUGGGUUGAUCAUAUAUAUGAACACAAACAUUACCUUUAAAAUGUUAUAGCCUGCAGCAUUUUCUUGUGCAGACAAGUGAUCAGAUUUUAUUUUUUUUUUCAUUACCAACAAUUUAUGGCUGUAAAUGUUUUGUUUGUUGCAAAAUUUAAAAAAGUCUGUUGAAAUCAAUAGGAUAAGUUUAAGAUCAAUUGGAAAUGUGACGUUAGUUUUCAUUUAUGGAUUCAAUUCAAUAAAAAAAUAUUCUGAAUGAUGUUUUUCUUUCUUAGAAUCAUUUCAGUUUUGCAACCAUGUAUUUGCUUGUGAAGUGUUUGAUU